AUGGAAAAUAAUCUAGCGAUAUCUUUAAACAAUGCUAAGGACUAUCUAAAAAAGAAAAAUGAAAAUGGACAAUCUGUGUAUGAACAUAUUUGUGAUUUAAUUAAUUAUAUAAUUUUAGAAAAACCAGAUAAAUGUUAUGAUAAUUUUGAAAUAAUAUCAACACAAGUAAAAGAAAAUAAAAAAUGUAUUUAUAAAAAUAAUAAUACCUCAAAAAAUAUAUUAAAAGAAAUUGAUCAAACCAAUUCUACACUUGAUAAUUAUAUACUAACCGAUUAUAUAAAACAAAAAAAUGAAUGGAUGGAAAAAAUAAAAAACAUAAUUAACGAAAUUAAAUAUGCAGAAAAAUAUAAUGAACAAAACAUAAAUAUUAAACCAACUAAUUUACCAUUUUCAUUAAAUUUAUUUCAUCAAUUAGAAUUAAUAAAAUGGGCUGGAUAUCAAAUAAAUACUAGUCUAAUAUUCUAUAUUGAAAAUUCUAUAAAAAAUAUUUUAAAAAGAAAUAAAAAUUCAUUAAUAUCUUUAAACUUUUGGGGAAUACUAAAAGGAAUAAAUAAUGAUUACUAUAUCUUAGAAGGACAACUUAAAAAUUAUAAAAAAACUUUAUCUAGUUGUAAUAAAAAAAAAAAAAACAGCCAAAGUUCUACAAGUUCUAAAAAAUCACAUGACUCAGUCAGCUCAAAUGAAUCAACAAUUUCAAACUCAAAUUUUUCUACUACAUCAACUACACCCAACACAUCAGACAGUUAUAAUAGUGAAGAUCAAAAAAGCCAAGAUAAAUCAGAAAAAAAUAAUAUAAAUACAAAUAAUCUAAAAUAUUUAUAUACAAAAGAAGAAUAUCAAAAUUUUAAUAAAAAAAUAAAUAAGUAUGUUUACUGGGUCUCAAUUAAUGGUACUGGUAAAUGGAUUUUACUAAAACCAACUACCCCUGAAUAUAUAGAAAAAACUAGCAAAGCUAACAAACUCCUAACUGGAAAUAUUAAUCAUAUUAUUACCUCUUUCCCAAAUAUUCAAAUAAAAGAAAAACAUUAUCUAAGAGCCCUUAUUUCAAUAAUUUCAUCUUACACACACAUAUCACCAAAAAAUUAUUUUACUCUUAAACCACAAGAAGAGUCAGAAACAAAUGAACAAUCAGACGAUGAAGAAAAUGAAAGUCAACAAGAAAAUACACAAUCUAGUGAUGCCACUGAUGAAUCAGAAGAAACUGAAAAUGAUGAUAAUUCUGAUCCUGUAAUAAAUAAUAAAUUUGAAUAUGAUAUAAAUUUACUUUCAAAUAUUACAAAUUGGGUAUAUUCUAGACAUUAUUUUUUACCAAAUGGUCAUAUAAUAUAUCCAAAAAAUAAAUCAAAAAAAGAAAAGCUUGAUAAAAAUUAUAAACAAAUUUUAGAUCUAAUUAAACAAUCACCUCCUUUAAAAAUACUUAGAAAAAUUAAACCACAAAAAAAUAAUCAAACAAAUAUAUAUACAUGGAAAAUUAAGCAUCUCAAUCAUGGAUAUUCCUAUGGAACAAAUAAUAAUCACUAUGAUAUAAUUAUAAUUUACAAUUUUCUAUUUUAUGGUGCUUUUACAAUAUACUAUAAUAAACAAUAUUUUAAUUUUUACAUAGGAACUGGUAUUAAAUCUAAACAUGCUUAUAUUCAUACUUAUCAACCAGAUAAAAUAUAUUCAGAUAAUAGUGAAUUAUCAGAACAAGACCAAAUAGAAUAA